GAACUUCAAGCUCUUUUGCUGCGACACAUUAGUAGCAUGCAUUUCACCGAUCUACUACUCUCGACUCAAGAUGCCUUUAAUUAAUGAAUACCAUUCUUCGCUUCCAUACAUUGACGGAGAGCCAGGAGAGCAGGCUCGCGCAACAGCUCAAAAGCUCAUCUCGGCAGAGUUAUCCCCAGAACAUGCCUCAACCCUCCAUCCAGCCAUACCUGCAUUACCUGAAACUCGCUUCUCACCGCUUAUCGAACAAGAGCUCUCUAGGAAAGAGGCCGGUCUCCCGUUGACCGGUGGGAUCGAUUUGUCUCGCUACGAAGCACCAGAAGCGCCAGAAGGACCAUCUAAAACACAAGACGAAGCUUCAAAGAAACUGCAGGAAUGGAAAGAUACUCUCCGAAAAGCGUACAUUUCCAGCUCCCAUCUGUCGAUACGACAUAAUAACCUUUCCCUUCUUGAAGAAUACGGGAAAAAUGCCUGGCUUAUUGGAAACUCUCAGCUAGAGGAAAUUUUGCGAAAUGUUGAAAAGGAAUUGGCAGAGACUAAAGAGGCUGUUGAAAAUGUUCAUAAGGAAAGGAAAUUGGCACAAGAGUCUGGUCAUGGAGAGCUUUCCGGGUUGGAGGAUACGUGGAGACGCGGAGUGGGUUCUGUACUGGAAGUCGAAGUUGCGGCGGAACAUCUGAGGCAGCAGAUUCUUGAGCAACGCCGUCAACAAGCUCAGCAGUCUCGGUAAUCGCGAAUGAUCGAUCUUGUAAUCGAUAUAGCGGUGCUGGGCACAACCCCCCCUUUUUACUACCUGGCCAACAGCACAUCGAGUAUACUGCCCACAGUCGACGCUGGUCAAUCAGAUAUUGAUUAUCUGGAGACACCUAAUCUUCUCAGGAAUCCGCUCAACGAGCUUCUUGCGAAGGGCAAGAGCUAGCUAGGUCUUAGGGCACUCCACGGCUACGAUCGUUGCCCUUAUUGAACUCAAGGAAAACAUUGCACAGCUGGAUGGAUUCAUGGGGACGUCAUCUUGGUAACAAAAGUUAUUGAUCUCUGGGGCAGAUCUCCGGAUCAAUUGAUCAACUGGCUUGGAGGCUGGAACUAUAGCACCCACUGCCACUUUCAUAUCGUUGGAAAUGUCAUACUCAGGAGUCACCGUUUACGGCUCAAAGCCUUCAAUCUGAACUAUCACA